UGCUUCAAAGCAACUAAAGCCACGGAUGGUUAUGAACCAUUCGUCACCAAUUAAAAACGUUAUAGAUGAUGUGAUUUGUGUGACACCAAAUGUAAACAUGCUCUCAUUUGAUUUCAUAAAAACUUAUGACAAAAUUGUAACUCCAAAUACUAGAACAUUAUCAGAAUCUUUUAAUUCUAUAAAAAGCUACAAAUCUCCAGUAGACGGUCUGCGGUGCAAAAUAGAUUUAUAUGGAAAUAGAUUACCAAAGGAUAAAAAUUAUUAUGGUUCUAUUUUGAAGAAAAACAGAAAACAAUUGGAUUAUGUAGUGGGCAUUUAUAACAGUGUUAAAGACAUUACUCAGUUUCAUGAGUUAUUAUUUGGUGACUUUGACACACUAUCAACGUAUACACCUGAAAGUAUAAAUAAAAUGUGGUUGAGUAAUUUUGUUAUUGAUAUAGCACUGGGUGUAUUGAGAGAGACGUAUGGCGAGCACAAGAAUGAAAUAAAAAUAUUGAGCUGUGAUGUAUCAGGUCAUUUAAAUAAUGAUCAUUCAAAAAAAAUUUCAAAUUUGGAAACAAUAGUUGUUCUAAAAGACAGUUUACUUGUAAUGCCAUUACAUGUAAAUGGUAACCACUGGGUGUUAGUGUUAGCAGAUUUUGGAAAUCAUAAGUUCUAUUUUUUGGACCCAUUUGAAACUAUAGAAUAUAACAAAUGUAGACAUAAUUUUGUGACUAUACUCGGUGAACUGAAAAAAAAUCAUAUUUAUGGAGAGGAAGGAAAUAUAUGGCCAGAAAUGAAUUUUCAAAUAUUUUCUAACUAUCCUAAACAAACCGAUAGUUAUAACUGUGGAGUUUAUGUGUUGUACUAUGCAGAGUGUAUCAUGAAAAAUAAGAUUGAAAACAUUAAUUUCAAACAAGACUUCAACCCAAUGUUAUACAGAGAGAUGUUAAAAGAUCUUUUGUUGGAAAAAUCUGAUUUCAUGAGAGAUAUUUGUUUGUAUUGUGGGCGUACGGAUAAAAAACACAAAGAGAUAAAAAAAGAAAAUAUCGAUUGGGUGCAAUGCGAUACAUGUAACAGAUGGAUAGUACUACAAUGUUUGUCAAAUGUAGGACAAACGUCAGGUUGUGACGAUAAUUUUGAAUGUGUUUUGUGCGUAUCCAAUACAAAAAGUUUAUAAAGUAUUAGUGAGUAAAUUAAAAAAGUUAGUGCAAUUAAAAAAAUCAGUGGAGUAGGCCUAUGUUGGGAAACCACUUUAAAAAUAACGCGCCAAAAUACAGUACCUCCAGUUUUGUUGAAAACAAUGCUAAGGUGGUGUGGAAAUCUGUUAAAUUGUGAAUUUCAGAAUAGAAUAAUAUUCAUUAAACUUGCAUUACUAACUAUCAACAUAUAAUUUGUAUAAGACUUAUAAAACCAGAUUUAACUUGCCAUCCAA